AGUCUUCUUGGUCGUUUUUCCCGCUGGUCCUCAUAUAUAAGCUAGCUGACCGCUGGUAGUCUAUUGUCUUCAGUGUCUAGUGCUACAUCACGGAUCAUCAUGAAGGUUGUUGCAGUCCUCUUGGCCGUCUUCGCCGCCUCCUCCGCCGCUCCUGCUCUCCUCUACCCCGCGGGCACCGCCCCCCUGGUCCACGCCCCUAGGUACGACUCUGCCAUCAUCCGCAGCGACCGCCUGGGGGGCAACUUCGCCUACAGUACUCUGGAGGCCCACGCCUACUCCUCUGUCUCCCCCAUUGUGCAGAAUGUGAUCUCGCCUGUAGGAGUGUCCUAUACUGCGACCCCUAUCCAGUACCCCGCUUUCGCAGCUUACCCGGGCUACGCCCCCGCACCUGCGUUCGUCGCUAGCGCCCCAGUGGCUUCUUACGCACCCAUCGCUCCUAUUGCCCCCAUCUACCCUGGCGUGGCCCCCGUAGUCGCCCCCGCUGCCCCCGCUGCUCCUGAGGCCCCAGUCCCCGCACCUAUCGCUGACGAAAUCCCCGCCGCCGAUAACGUAGAGAGCUCUGCUUCUUCUGAUGACUCCAUCACCGUCGAGGCCGCAUAGACUGAACCUUCCUACAAACCCUGGGCAUUACUGUUUUAGUUUUAGGUAAUAAAAUGUUAAAAUUUUA